AUGUCCCGUAUUAAGAGGAUCUCCAAAGAAUUAGAAGAGUGUCGUCAAGAUGUUCAAUCAGGGGUAACGUUAGAAUUGAAUAGUGAAAGUGAUUUAACCAACCUAACUGGGUAUUUCAAGGGUCCUCCCGGUACUCCCUAUCAAGGAGGUGUGUUUCAAGUUGAUAUUGUUAUACCAAAGGAAUAUCCAUUUAAACCUCCACAAAUGAAGUUUGCCACAAAGAUUUAUCAUCCCAAUAUUAGUUCAGUUACAGGAGCCAUUUGUUUGGAUAUUUUAAAGGAUGCAUGGACUCCUAUUUUAACCUUGAAGAGUUCAUUAAUAUCUUUACAAUCAUUAUUACAAUCUCCAGAGCCAAAUAAUCCUCAAGAUGCUGAAGUUGCUAAACAUUAUUUAGCCAAUCAUAAGGGGUUUGAAGAGACGGCUGCUUAUUGGACUAAGCUUUAUGCUAGUGAUGGUGAUAAGUUUGGUUCCGGAGCUAAGAAUGAUGCUGCAUUAUAUGGAAUUGAUGAAUCAAUUGUGGCCCAAUUUGAAAAUAUGGGAUUUCCAAGAGAUAAAAUUAUUGAAGUUUUAAGAAGAUUAGGAGUAAAGAGUUAUAAUGGAGUUAGUAAUAAAGCUGAAUUGGAAAAUAAGAUCUUGGAAGAAUUAUUAAAAGAAUGUUCUUAG